AUGGCGCGCCUGAGGGGGAGGCUGCUGUCCUGCUUCUACUGUGGGAAGCGGUCAUCUAUUCGAUAUGAUGGCCGGAUACGCGACUUUCUCUGCGCACAUUGCGAUGCGACAAACUACCUGGACGAGCAUGGCGACGUCACCGACCCUCCUGCCCUCGAAUCUUCCACGCCAAAGCGAUUCGUCAAACAAUUGCCAUCUCGACCAGCAUCACCCACAGACAGCAUUUUCUGCGCUACGUGCCUGAAGAACCAACAUCUAUUUACCAGGUCAUUGGCCCAGUACGAGUAUCUCCCCGACGAUCCUUCUCAUCCCGACUACGCCGAACUGGAGCGCAAAUACUUCCGCUACCGCAAAGAACUGGAGAGACGCUACCCUCAGAUAUGCGAAGACUGCGAUGUUAAAGUCCAGGAGCGGAUAAAAAAAGCAGAUUAUACUGCACAAACGGAAUUUUUGAGACAGAUGAUGGAAAAGAGCCGAGGCAGAAGAGUUCCUAAGAGGAUGACCUCUCUUGAUGUGGUAAACGCUAUGGGACGAUGGCUGUGGUGGGGAGGCUUUAUUAUUCAAAUUGUUUGGCACUUGGUAAGCGCAUUACAUGUGCUAGACAAGCGCGAGGAGAGCGGCAUGCGUGAUCCAGACGACGAGAGCACUUCAAAGCAGGUGAUUGCAUGGUUGAACUGGCUACGGGCUUUCCUGCCCGCUGCUGAGGCCUUGAUUGGGUGGAGUAUCUGGGUUGGGUUCCUCUCUGCUUGGUGGAAUCCCUACUUUGUGCAGCUUAUCCGUGGGUUUACACGGCAUCUAUUUGGAUUCACGCAGUGGUAUUGCUUUCAAGGUCUCAUCAUCUUCUUCCGGUACAUCUUUCGCUCUGUUCUCCAUAUGCAGGGUGGCCAGGCUCAGUCCACUGCGGCACAGCUGAGCGCGCAUUUUGCAAUGGCUAGCAUUAUGGGAUUGAUCUACUAUCUUGCCAGGGGGUCUAUUAAAGUCGAUACGACACCACUAUUUAAGUCAACUAGGAAGACAGUAUCUGCAGGCCAGCAAAGACCUUUGCCGACCCCUAAAAAGAAAAUACGAGAGCCGAAGACUCUUGCCGAGGCUCUAACUGAAGCGCUGGAAUCGGCAAACCCGUCGCCGGUCAAAAAUCCAUCGCCCAUCAACUAUCCCACUCCUCAGCGACCACAGCGACCACUGAACCAGUUGCCGUCUCCUCGAUUCACUAAACAUCCGUUCCAAACACCCCAUGAUGAACUCUCUUUUGCCGGCUUCAGCAUAUCAGACAAAUCUCCUCAAAAGGCCCUUCGCGGACAAGAUCCUGAUGCCAUGGAUUGGUCCCCUCUACCAAAGCAUGCUCAAAGAUCGCAAUACCGGGCUUUUCAAGACUCUCCCACGUCUAAACCUGGCGCUCGUCCAUUCGGCCAAUCCCCCACACAGCCCGACAGUGGGCCAUUUUGGUUCAAGGUACCACCUGCACCGGCGAACCCAGCACAGCGAUUGCGCCAUCCCCAGGGUGCUCCGCUGUUUAAGAGGGCGUUUUCGGUUGAGCCAAAGAAGGAAGAGAGUAGUUUCGGUUUCGGAAUGGGUCAUUUGGACGAUAGGCGAGAGGAAAUGCCGAGAGCGAGCAGCGUGGACUUUAAGAGUCCUAGUUUUUUCGCACCGGAGGGGCCUGACGAUACAGAUGCGCUGGCAGAUGCCCUUGGACAGAGCUUCAGUUUUGCCAGCGUCAUUGACGAUGAAUCCGACUCUGAGAAAACCGUUGUGAACGACGAUAUUCCUAGUAUCCCUAUCCACUCAAACCCCAUCCUCUCGAGUUCGCAGUCCUCGCACAAAUAUGACCUCUACUUUUUGAUGGCCAUCCUCCCUUCCUGGUUCCUUCCACUGGUCAUUACAACUCCUUAUGCUAGAGAAGCACGGCUUGCGAUUUUAGCUAUUGCUGGCGUCAUCGCCAUUCGUAGCAUUGGAGGUGCUACUCAUCAGAUCUUACGCGGCGGCGAUGACUCGUCUGGAUUGGCUAUGUCCCUUGCUACCGUUACGAGUGUUCUUGAGCUAAGCGCUAUUUGCUGGACAGGAUGGCAACUAUGGACGAACGAGAGCGACAUUUUUCAACAUGGUGCUUCUGUAUUGGCCUUUAUGCUGGGCCACCAAGAACUGAGGGGCUUUUCUUUGAGACGAAGUUCGUGA